AACAACUCAAAGCAGUUGCCUUUUCGAUCCUGUAUUACUAAGAAGGUCGUCUACACAUAAACUACUCCACCAUGGUCAAGUUAUGCAUGUUACUGCUGCUUUCUGUUGCUUCCAUUUUGUUCUCGCAACUGCCAGGGAGCAUAGACGCAGUGCCAGCCCCUGCCCCAGAUUUCGAUUUUAAGAGUUCUACGAAAUCUUUCACAGAAGACGUAUCGUCGGGUUUCAAUAAAGGAGUCACAGCAGUAAACGGUUUUACCAGUAAUUUAUGGAACAAAACCAAAGAAACGUUCUCUUCUAAAGACAAACUUUUAGAAAAACCAAAACAGUGGUGGAAGAAUGUAAAAUCGUUCUUCACCCCAGCAACGACUGCGAUGCCUCCGCGUUUCUGGGAGACAACAUAUUCAAAGGAUUUCUAUGGAGAGAGGGACAAAAGAGAAGCAGAGCCAUACAAGUCGGUAAAAGCACCUUCUGAUCCUGAGGCGCCACGUAUAUAGAAGAUAACCUACACCAGGCAAAAAGGCAGUCCUACAUCUGAGCUUCAUCUUACUGGAAACCCUGUUGAUUCCUUAAUGCGUGUUUAUUUUGUUAGUUAAAUCUUUACAUAAGGAUGAGGAAAGAAUGUCUUGAAAUAAACUGAUAUCGUAAUAUUGCUUAUUAUUCUUUUUUGUCUAUGGUAACAUGUUUUGCUUUAUUACAUCCGCACUGAAAUACUUUUAAGACAAAAAAUACAUUAGGUCAUAUGCAUGCGUGAGGAACAUUUUUGCACAUAGCAAUAUCAUCAAUUGAUGUCUGUUUUAUUAAGGUUGUUCUUAUGUGAUAUCUCACAAGAGACCUAUUAUUAAUAAUAUAUUGUAUAUAAUCAAAUAUCUUGUAAUAAACUAUUUCGGAUAUAAAAUUAUAUUCAUACUCAUUUAUUGACGAGGAAUGACACAAAUAUACUACAUUACUAAAUUUCUAAUACUAUUACAGAAAUAAUACAGAAUUUUUGUAAGUUGUUCACUGAAAUAAAAUUUACAUUAAGUAUAUACACAUAAGACAAUGUUGCAAUUUAGAAACAAAAUGAUUAAAUGAUAUAUAUCCCAAGUUGUAUACAGGUGUAUUACACUUCCUUAUCCUCAUUUGUACUUUUUUUGUCUCAGCCUCAGUAUCUUACAAAGAAGCAAUGCAGUGAGUUUUUCCGUCGUCAAAAAAGAUUUAUUUAUGCGUCCGUUUGGCGUAAAAUGAGAAAGUUUCCCCAAUAUUUACAAACAGAAAAUUGUGGUAAAUACAUUUCGUGAAAUUAAGAAUGAAAAAAUUUAAUUUAAUGU